UUUAUACGAAAGUUUCUGUUUUGGUCGAUUCGUAGCCCACGGUGUGAAGUAUACUAUCAUUCCUCUUCGUAACCGGCAAUAUGCAGCGGUUUAUAAAACCAAUCCGAACCUAUUGCAUAAUUGCCCAAAAAACUAAUAAUAAUCAGAAGUUUUCAAGAAAUAAGGAAAAUCAAUUGAAUUAUAAGGAACUUAAUCAUGUUUCCAAAGUUCCUCGUCCUCCUGUAAUACAAAGUUAUCCAGUGGAUGAAAAGCCUGUAAUUGACUCCGCAAUAAUACAACUCCUUGAACGUCUUGCUUUAGUUAAUUUGGAAAGCAAAGAAGCUUUAACUACAUUGGAAAACAGUAUAGAAUUUGCUGAGAAAAUAUCUCAUAUCGAUACCGCAAACGUGUUGCCUUUGUACACUGUAGUAGAAGAUCAAAACCUAUAUUUACGAGAAGAUCGUGUAACAGAGGGCAAUUGUCGUGAGGAAAUUUUACGUGGUGCAAAAAUCUCUGAAGAAGAUUAUUUCGUGUCACCUCCGGGCAAUAUUCCGCUUCAGCAAAAGGAAAAGGAUUUUUAG